AUGUGCAGAAACGUGCCCCCAACCCAUCCGCGUACAGACUCUGGGUUCUCGUCCUCGGCGCUGCUUCACCGGGGCGGAGAGCAAGCGGAUCAGUCAGCGCUGAGGAGGAUGUGCUGGGGCUUGGUGGUGAGCUGGGUUGGAGCCCAAGCAGUCCUUCUCCAGAACCGCUGGCCCCGCAGUUUCAUCGAGGCAUGCUGCGGACGGCGUGAUGUUCGUGUCACCGCCCGCGGCGGUUUCCGCGAGGCGGCUGGAGAGCGCCAGUCAGCCGCGGGCCUCAUCGAGCUGCUGCUGGCCCUCCGUGCUCGCUGUCCUCUUAAAGGCAGAAUUCAGGUGACUGUGGGCUUCGAAGAGGCUAACCCGGCCCCGGAAGGUGCCCAUCCACCCGCUCGCCGUCCGGAGGCUGACUGCCAGGCGCUGCGUCUCGGGGUCAGGAGGGCUUGCAGAGGGGCCGCUCGCACAGACCGCGGCCUCACCGGCACCAGCGUCUCCAGCUGCGCGUCUCCUCGCCUGCAAAGGAGGCUGACUGCACCUCCCCGCCGUUUGUCUUUCCCUCCUAGUUCUUUUGGAGAGAAUUUUUUUGGCUGA